CGCAUCUCCAAGCAGCCGCUGCUACUGCUGCUGCCGCCCCGCCGACGUCGCCGCGAUGCUCCGCCGGGCCAGCCGCUGAAGGAUGAGCGCCUGUCCCUUCCUCCGCCUGCUGCUCCUGACGCCCCUCGCCUGGGGCCUCCUCAAGUCAUGCCCUCGAAGUCUGGAAUGCGCUUUGCUGCGGCGUGAGUUCUGCAUCCCCGGAACGUUUGCCUGUGGCCCGUGUCUCUCUCAGUUCAUCGAGGAUGGAGACGGCCAAUGCAUCCCGAAGGCACGGGCGGCCAGCGGGCGACCCAGUGCUCCCAACCUAGAGGAGGAAGUUGAUUUAGUGGUGGAUGCGCUGUCCAAGCAGGAUAAUCCUCGCCAGGAUGAAACCCCGGCCCCGACAGGCAAGCACCCCAGGACCGGUGCACCAAAGUCAGAGUCCUUGCCAAAGGGGUGGGCAAGACGCCCUCCUGCAACAGCUUCCCUUCGCACGGAGGCAGUCAAAAGUACUCCAGUGGAAACGUCACUCUCAUCAAAUGACGCUCUCAUACUGGGGAUGAUAGUCGUUUGCACAGCUGCAGGGAUCGCAGCUCUGGUGGUGGCAGCUGUCUGCUGGUGCAGGCUGCAAAAGGAAAUACGCCUCGCUCAGAAAGCGGACUACCCAGUUCAGAAGCUCCCGGGCCCUCCAUCGUAUGACAAGAUCUCACCUGGCGAUAAGAAGUUGGCACAGAGUGCCCAGAUGUACCACUACCAACACCAGAAACAACAGAUGCUCUCCAUGGAGAAGAAUAAAGAGGAGGCCAAAGUUCCAGAAUCUGCGUCAUCGGAUGAAGAAAACGAAGAUGGAGACUUCACCGUCUAUGAGUGCCCGGGCCUUGCUCCUACUGGCGAAAUGGAAGUGAAGAAUCCUCUGUUUGACGACUCCUCGCUGCACUCCCCACCCACCAAGUUGCACCCAUGACCUCCGGCCGAGCAUGUUGUGGACUGUGUCUGCCGAGCCUUAUGUGUAGGAAUGUCCCAACCUGCUGACAUUCGAACCCUCACUACCUAAAGAAAGAGUCUCCUUUGCAGCACCUCCAGAUGCCCGAAUGCACAUCUCCCCUCCCCCCCUCCCCACGCCAACAAAUGAAUCUCUGAAAUAAAUGCACAUUAUUGGCUUCUGGGGAGGGCGGGAGGGCGGGGCUUCACUCUUCAGCUCUUCAUUGCUACCACUGCA